UCUAUCAGCUCAGUGAAGAAGGAUGAUCCCAUUUUAAAACUUAGGACAGCAAUGAAGCUUUUUUAAUAGAGCUUUUACACCUGCACUCACCCAAGUAAAAAAAAAAAAACACCUGAGAGGAAUCUUCACGCAGUCUUGUGUGACAUCAUGUCUGUGGUCAAAAUCCUGUGCUGUUUGCUGAUAUUUCAUCAUCUCUGUGAGGGGAAGAAAAUCAGAGGAUACAGGGCAGGUAUGCUGGACACGGCUGAGGGGGGUGUCUCAUGGGUGAAACGGCCACAUGUCAGCAGCUCAAUCUUCAGGCUGUUUUUAGGAGGUGAGGACACCUGCACACUGGACCCUCUGCAGCUGCAAACUCUCACCUCCUGUGGCUUCAACAGCAGUAAUCCCCUCAUCAUCAUCACUCAUGGGUGGUCGGUGGAUAAAAUGAUGGAGAGCUGGGUGCUCAAGCUGGCCACAAGUCUCAAGAGAAACCUUGUGGACGUCAAUGUGGUGAUCACCGACUGGCUGUCAUUGGCUAAUCAGCAUUAUCCCAUAGCAGUACAGAGCACCCGCACCGUGGGAAGGGACAUCGCUCACCUGCUGCACAAACUGCAGGAAAAGUACCAGUAUUCCCUUAGAAAGGCUCAUCUGAUUGGCUACAGCCUGGGCGCUCACAUAUCUGGGUUUGCAGGAAGUAAUCUGGCAGGUUCUGAGAAGAUUGGCAGAAUAACUGGCCUGGAUCCUGCAGGGCCGCUGUUUGAAGGCAUGUCUCCCACAGACAGACUUUCUCCUGAUGAUGCAGAGUUUGUGGAUGCCAUCCACACCUUCACCCACGAGCGUCUGGGCCUCAGCGUGGGCAUCAAGCAGGCCGUGGCACAUUAUGACUUUUACCCCAACGGGGGAGACUUUCAGCCGGGAUGUGACCUGCACAACAUCUACGAUCACAUAAGCGAAUACGGGAUUUCUGGCUUUGAACAAACUGUGAAAUGCGCACACGAGCGCUCCGUCCAUCUGUUUAUUGACUCUCUACUGAACAAAGACAAGCAGAGCAGAGCCUACAUGUGCAAGGACAACAAGGCUUUUGUCCGGGGCGUCUGCUUGGACUGCAGAGGCAACCGCUGCAACACUCUGGGUUAUGACAUCAAGAAGGUCCGGACAGGCAGAAGCAAGAAGCUUUACCUGAAAACACGAUCCAGGAUGCCUUUUAAACUCUAUCAUUACCAGUUCAGGAUCCAGUUCAUCAACCAGAUUGAGAGGACUGAGCCCUUGCUCACCAUCUCCCUCACUGGGACAAAGGAGGAAAGUGGAGAUGUCAGCAUUGCGGUGAAUGAUGGAAUUUCCGGCAACACGACCGUCACCUUCCUGAUCACUCUGGACAGAGACCUGGGAGAGCUGAUGAUGCUCAAGUUGAGCUGGGAGGGAUCGGAUUUGUGGAAGAACGUGUGGAACCGAAUGCAGAACAUCUUUUCCUGGGCAGGCGAAGGGACAAAUCCACAUCUGACAGUGGGCAAAAUCAGCGUGAAGGCAGGAGAGACGCAGCAGAGAACAUCGUUUUGCACCAUGACAAAUGAUGGACAUGUCGAAAUGGCCGAAGAUAAAGAGUUUGUCCGCUGCAAAGAAGACUCACCAAAGCUGCACAAAAGACACCAACAACACAGAGUCUGAAGAUUUCUGAUGAAGCUGGAAGUUCAGAAAUAAACUUACCCUCCUCAGAAUAAAGUGGUGCAAGCUCAACAGUUGUUAACCCGCUCAGGCUCAAAAUAAGUUUUGAUAAAAGGAUGAACAACUAAGUCCUUCAGGGGUACUUCUGAGUUUAAAAAAAAAUGCUCAUGAAAUACGUGUGGAGUAACCAGGUAGGUUGGUUUUAACUGUUGCAAAUCUGCAACGCCUGCCUCCAGAGGGUUAAAGAAAUUCAAAAACUAACCAGCACAUAAUAUUUGUGUUUGCUUGCAAACUAGGUUUGGAAAAUAUUAUGCAAGCACCUGUUUCAUGCUUUUCUUUGUGAGUGUGUGUACUCAGACUUUCUCUCCAAACAAUUGACAUAUACAAAAUUACAGAAUCAAAACAAAAUCUGAAUAUUGUUAAACCUGAAUAUUUUUAUUACAAAUCGGUGCGAUCAUAUAAGAAAAUUAGUUGUUUUUUUAAAAAUGUUAUUCAAACUCAAGCCAGAGCAAUAAACUGAUAUCUUCAGUGA